GAGCAUCGGGAAGGCAUUGAUGUGUUUUAUGACCGGGCAGGUCUGGUUUUGAACGCAUAGCUGAGGGAAAAUAUCCUCUUCUGGACUGAAAAUUAGUUUAUAAAAGAAUCUUAGGAGGGAGAUGAGAGAAGAAACACCUGUGGAGAAUGACGUGGAAGUUGGUGAUUAUGGAGGAGCAGCAACUACACCAACCACUCCGCAAGAGAGGCGACCCAGUGUUGUGACCCUACGGAAUAUGCUGCAAAAGGCGUCCCAUGACCCCUUUCGUCAUCACUAUAAUGGAGGGGAGCGGUCAGCUGCUGGAGAAAUGGACAGCCAGCACUUUGGCCAGAACGAAGUGCCAGAAGAAUGUUCUUCGAGCCCUCAGAAUGGAGGCUCUGCAGAUAUGACUAAAACGAAUCCUUUUUAUUCAUAUUACAAGGAAUUGACCAACAAAAGGACCAUAGUGGAGAGCCCUGGAAGUGAAACUUCAGAACAAGCAGAUGUUGAUCCUGUCCCUUUGCCCCCAGUGAAAUUCCUCAACUCUCCACAGGAACUUGGUUAUGGAAUUAAGACAACAGAAAAUGGAGCAAAACUUUCCAAACAUCUUGAGGUGCCUCAGAGGUACGACCCCAAGGAUGAGCUUUUCCGACCCUCCUCUCUUACGGUCAAUGCUAAUGCCAGUGGGGACUUUGGUGGCGCAUCUCUGAAAAAUGCUAACGCUGCUCAACCACAAAGGCUCUCUAAACUCCCACCAAGAAAGAGCUCAGACAACUUGGUGGAGGAUGUGGAUGCUAUUUUUAGAUCAUCUAAGGAUUCAGUCCACUCUCCACAAAUGUUGGUACCAGAUCCAUUUUCCAAAACUACGAGCUUAGAAGCGGAUUUGUUUCCACAUAAAGAUGAGGAACUCUUCAAUGUUAAUGGGAUAGAAGAAGAUGCCAGCAAAGCAGAAGGUGAUCUUUCUGGGAAAUCCUUUAAGGAAAAAUUCGACAUAUUUUCAUCGUCAUCCACAAAUGGAAUUGAUCCAUUUCCAAGUCCGCUUCUGAGGAAUUCAUUCAACCUCUCCAGUCUGGAUGAUCCUUUCGGUCCAACUCCCUCAAAGCAAUUUGACCACCUCCAGGAUGGUUUCAGUAGCGUGGAAGGGGGCGAUGAUAUAUUUAAGAUUACCUCCUCCAAUACUGUUUUCUCUACACCUUUAAACAACAGUCCACUUGACUUUAGAGUGGACUCACCAAUGUCUGACAUACACAAGAAAAUGCCAGCAAAGCGUCCUCCAGUUGUUCCACCAAAACCUCCAAACAAGCCAAGAAAUCUUGUGACAACGCCUCAGGAAAGCAAAGAAAAUAUCCUUCAGCCGACCCCCUUCAUUUUGGCCAGCAGCCUGUCUUCCUCACCCAGCUUUUCUCCAGCUGACAUGGAUCAUGCGCAGACCUUCAAGCGUCCACCAAGACCCCUUCCUCGAACUCGACGCCCCAGAGCAGAGAAGCCCCAGACCACGGAGAGCCCUUCACCCUCUGUAGUCUCUACUGAAGUUGAAACAGAAAUGCCUGAAUUCCAUGUUACCGAACCAGAGCUGCCGAAACUUCCCCCGAAACCAGUGUUCAAACCUCCCCCGAAACCAGUUCCUCCCUAUAAACCUAAGAAUCUGGUGAGCAAACCUUUGGAACCUGAGAAUAGUGUGGUCUUCGAGGACAUCCUCCUUAUUGGACAGGAACACUGUGUGGAAGAUUGGCCUGAAGAUAGUCCUGAGCUGAAUCCAGACUUUAAGCCAUCGGGAAAAUUCAAACUACGGAGAGAGUCAAUGAAGGAAAAGACUGAGUCGGAUGGAGGAAGCAGUGAAGACCCUGAUGGUGCCGUUAAGAAUAAGAAAAAGAACAAGAACCUUCGAAUGUCGCUGUUAUCUAGACGAAGCUCAAAGGAAACGCAUUCUGAUGACAUGAUGGAGGGAAAGAGCAACACAUUGCCUAUCCGAAAAAAAUCAUCUAAGGAAUUUGGUUCGAAUGGAAAUAUUUCUACAGGAGAUGACGAAGAUCACUAUAGUUUGGACUAUAAAAAAAAACCAAGGCCCAAAGUCAAUAAUCUGUUUCGAAGAGCUUCAGUUGCUACCUCUACAUAUGAGGGCAAGAACAUGAAUGGGAAUUUACCAGAAAAGUCAAAGGAAGAUGACUCUUUUAAUAAAAGUGGUAAGAGGAAGAACACCAUUGUUCGUCGACAGUCUGAGAGCUCAGUGUUGGAUAAAAGAGACUAUGAAGAGGCACAAAAAGUCGGUGGAGGACAGAGGAAGAAUAGCAAGGUUAAAAUUAAGUUUGUGCCACAAAGAGGAUUUGCCAUCACCCUACAAAAGCCACAUGAUGAACCAAAAGGAGCUUAUGGAUAUACUCCUCGCAAGGACUCAAAGGACGAAUUGUUUGAAGAUUCUGGAGCGCAUGGCUACACGCCUCGUGGCAAGUUACAGGAUGAUGAAUUUGAAGACUUUGAAGAGAUAGAAUAUCUGAACCCAGCUAAGGCUGCCAUAAUGGAAGAUGAGGAACAGGAAAAAUCUCUCCGUUACUCACCAAGCCUUCAUGGAGACGAGGCUGCUGAAGGAUCUAAAGAGCGAAAACAUAAAAAGUCAAAGUAUAAGAUUCAUAUGCGCAAAUCUAAGGCUGCACACGGACUCAGUGAGCCAAGAGAAUCCUGCUCCUAUUCGGGGGGCUCUAAUGAUGAUGAUGGAACAGAAAAAGAUAUGAAGAGUCCCGCGGAGGGAUAUGAUGAAGAUCCUGAUGAUGAAAUCGCCAAACUGAAAAAGCAAUUCAAAUUCAAAGUUCCCAAGAAAUACAAGCGAAAGAGCAAAAAGGCCAAGAACAAAUCUGAAGCCGCAUCUGAUGAUCUCUCAGAGGCUGCUAAGGCAGCCUGGGCGGCUGCUCAGAUGGACGAACAAGCUGUCGGGGGUCUGGAAGAAGAAGAGGAGGAGGAUGACGAAGAUGACGGGGUCAGUUCCUUUUUACUAAUACAAACAUUGUUAUUGCAUUCCUUUAUUUAUUCAUUUCAAUGUUAGGUGGAUAUUAUUGUUAAAAAUAGAGUUUUGUGUAACAGUAUUUUUCCAUCACAGAUUUAUCCAGUUUGUUUGGUUGACACAAAUCCACAUGUCAGACUAUAACCUGAGUUAAUAUGACAGAUUUAAGAAAAAUUAAAACAGAACUCCCUAACAGUAGGAAUAUGUAUAGUUUUGUAUACAUUUUCACAGCCAUUCUGAUAUGUUUUUGUCUCCAGGACACUGACAGUUUAAUGGAGUGGUGGUACACCGUAGAAAAGUGGGACGAACUGCCAUCGGAUGAAGAGGACGAAGCCUUGAGAGAGGAUGAGUCAAAGUCAUUCAGCAUCUUGGCAGAAAAGGUUGAACGAGGUCUUCGCCUCUUCAAUAAGGUUUUCACCGAACAAGCCGAAGUCCUGUGGCAGGCCAUCAUCUCACUCCACACCCUUGCUGACGACAUCAGCGAGUUCCAUCACAAAGCUAAGAUCGCUGGUAUCAGUGGUGGCA